AUGAGCGAAGGCUGGGACUCCGUUACUCGCAUUGGCACCAAGCACAAGGGUGGCCCCGCUCCCCGCGAGAACGUCGUCAAGGGCAAGAGCGCUCUGAACGCCGCCCAACGCCAGGGCCUCGUUGUUGGAACUGAGAAGAAAUAUGCUUCUGGAAACACAGCUGGUCGCUCUGGUGCGCCCGAAGGCCAACAUCUCACCAAGGUCGACCGCAGCGACGACAUCGUUAAGCCCAAGACCGUCGGAUUGCAAGUUGCAGAUGCCAUCAAGAAGCGUCGAACUGACGAGGGGUACAAGAUGACACAGAAGGAGCUCGCCACCAAGUGCAACACCACAGUUACCAUCAUCCAGGAUUUCGAGAGGGGAUCAGCUACUCCCGACCAGAAGGUGCUUAGCGCUAUGGAGCGCGUACUAAACGUCAAGCUGAGAGGCACUGACAUCGGAAAGGAGAAGUUUCCUAAGAAAAAGUAA